AAAGUUCAAGCUAAACUAAAAAAUCGCCAUCAAUGCUCCAAUCAUGUCCCUAAGAAUGACAUCUUGUCGGAAGUGCUUUCAUUUUGCCGAUUACUUUAUCGGCCCGUCGUGGCGUAAAUCACGACCAAGGCCCGGGGCCAGGGGCUACUACUACGACAGCGGGACGCCCCGAGGCGCCGAGCCGGGUGAGGCGACUCGUGUCCGGGUUGUGGACCUCCGCAGCGACACGGUGACCAAGCCUGGGGCGGCGAUGCGUCGGGCCAUGGCCGAGGCCGAGGUCGGGGACGAUGUGAUGGGGGAAGACCCGACGGUUAACGAGUUGCAGAAGAUCGCAGCCGACAUGUUUGGGAUGGAAGCCGCGCUGUUCAUCCCCACUGGAACCAUGAGCAACCUCAUCGCAGUGAUGGUGCACUGCAGGGAGCGCGGCGAUGAGAUGAUCGUGGGCGACCUGUCCCAUCUACACAUCUACGAGCAAGGAGGGAGCGCACAGCUGGCCGGCGUCCACGCCACCACAGCCACCACCUUUGCCGACGGCACCUUUGACCUGGACCAGCUGGAGUCGAAGAUUCGCCACGACUACCCGGACCCGCACUACCCGCGCUCACGCCUCAUCUGUGUGGAGAACACGCACAACAUACAAGGCGGACGCGUGAUGCCGCUGCACUUCCUGCAGGAGGUGCGGGCUCUUGCUGACAAAUACUCCCUGGCGGUCCACAUGGACGGAGCCCGGCUGAUGAACGCCGCAGUGGCGCUGGGGGUGUCGGCGUCCGCCAUACUGCAGCACACACACACUGUUAGCGUGUGUCUCUCCAAGGGACUAGGGGCCCCGGUGGGAACCAUGCUAGCCGGCCCCAAAGACUUCAUAUCCCGGGCGCUGAGGUGUCGUAAAGCCCUUGGUGGCGGGAUGCGUCAGGCCGGCGUACUUGCGGCGGCGGGAAAACUCUCUUUGCUGGAGAUGGUUGGAAGACUACAAGAAGAUCACGACGAGGCAAAAAUGUUUGCCCAAGCUCUGCAGAACUGUGAGCCGGCUCUGUUUGCCGUGGACACGGCCGCCGUGGAGACCAACAUUCUGCGUUUCCAAAUCCAAGAGCCCACCUUGAGUCCCUCGGAGUUCUGUAGACGCAUGGCCCGGGUCGGCGAGGGAGAGGAGGACGCACUGGGGCAGGGGGUUCAAGUCCUCAUGUAUCCCCAUUUUGGGAAUUGCGUUCGAGCCGUCUGGCAUGUGGGGAUAUCGCCCGAGGACACGCGGCUGGCCAUCCGGAAGAUGCACUUUGUGGCCCGGCAAUACUCCAAGAAAAAACAGAGGGGAUUGUAAAACAUUUUUGCAGAAAAUCGACGCACAACUUGGGGACUUCUGUAGUGUAAGGGUCGAAGAAUGUCAGCACAGGUGCAGUAGUGAGUGUUUCCUUCAGUCUCGUGCCUGGACGUCCACUUGAACUCUGUGUCAUUGUGAAGGAGUUCACGAAUGCAGGAUGUUUUCACAGCAAGCUUUGGGAUGAAUUUGCCAACAUAGUUGACCACGCCCAAUAUAUACGCUGUACACCUGUGUAUUUUUUCCUCAUCAGGUUGAACGUCAUGUGCACUGAGCUUGUCUCCCAGAAAAACUAUUUCUGACACUCCAAACUGGCACUUCUUUUUGUUUAAUUUGAGUCCACAUUUUUGUACUCUUUCCAACACUUUGGUCAGCCUUUCGUUGUGUUCUUUUGCUGUUCUUCCCCACACAGCAAUGUCGUCGAUGUACACUCGCACGCCUUCCAAGCCUCCAAUGAUAUGUUCCGUUGCUCUAUGGCAUGGGUGUCAAACUCUCAAAAUUUGGCCCGCCGUGUAAUUUCACUUGGCCCUUGAGGCGAUAUCAAAUUAACACUAAAGCUGGCCCGCCGAUUAUAUAUUGCGACGGUGCCACGGUAACACCGCAUUCACCACUAAUUCUAAUACUUGCCAACCCUCCUGGGAGUCUUCCAAGCUUCAGCACCCCUCCCGAAAAUCGUCACGUAAAAGCAGUCCAACGAUAGCUGGCCCAGUCACAUAACAUGUGCGGCUUCUGCACGCACACACAAUUGAAUGCAAUGCAUACUUGGUCAACAGCCAUACAGGUCACACUGAGGGUAGUCGAAUAAAAAACUUUAACACUGUUACAAAUAUGCGCCACACUGUGAAUCCACACCAAACAAGAAUGACAAACACAUUUCGGGAGAACAUCCGCACCGUAACACAACAUAAACACAACAGAACAUAUACCCAAACCCUUUGUCGCACUAACUCUUCCGGGACGCUACAAGGUGUGUGUGUAUGGGGGGGAGGUUUGGUGGUAGCCGGGGUUUAUUUUGUAGCGUCCCGGAAGAGUUAGUGCUGCAAAGGAUUCUGGGUAUUUGUUCUGUUGUUCAUUUUUUAAAUGUUUUUAUUUUUUAUAAAUGGCUGUGAUGAUAAUGUCAAUGAGGGAUUUCUAAUCACUACUAUGUUGGAAUUCUUAUUAAUAUUGAUACUGUUGUUGAUAUUAUUCAUUUUUGUUUGACUACCUUUUUUGUUUUGUGUCAUGUUUGUGUGUCCUCAAUUGCUCUGUUGAUUGCUAUUCCUGAAUGUUGCUGGGCCGGUUUUGGAAUUGGAAUUGUAUUAAUAUUGUAUUAUUGUGUAUUAUUUUGUUGGAUUGAUUAAUAAAUUAAUAAUAAAAAAAAUAAACGAGUUUGACAUUAGUGCAAAGUUCUGCACGCACACACAAUUGAAUGCAACGCAUACUUCGUCAACAGCCAUACAGGUCACACUGAGGGUAGUCGAAUAAAAAACUUUUAACACUGUUACAAAUAUGCGCCACACUGUGAAUCCACACCAAACAAGAAUGACAAACACAUUUCGGGAGAACAUCCGCACCGUAACCCAACAUAAACACAACAGAACAUAUACCCAAACCCUUUGCCGCACUAACUCUUCCGGGACGCUACAAGGUGUGUGUGUAUGGGGGGGAGGUUUGGUGGUAGCCGGGGUGUAUUUUGUAGCGUCCCGGAAGAGUUAGUGCUGCAAAGGAUUCUGGGUAUUUGUUCUGUUGUGCGACACUAUUGUUCAUUUUUUAUAAAUGGCUGUGAUGAUAAUGUCAAUGAGGGAUUUCUAAUCACUACUAUGUUGGAAUUCUUAUUAAUAUUGAUACUGUUGUUGAUAUUAUUCAUUUUUGUUUGACUACUGUUUGGAUUGUUUUGUGUCAUGUUUGUGUGUCCUCAAUUGCUCUGUUGAUUGCUAUUCUGAAUGUUGCUGGGCCGGUUUUGGAAUUGGAAUUGUAUUAAUAUUGUAUUAUUGUGUAUUAUUUUGUUGGAUUGAUUAAUAAAUUAAUAAUAAAAAAAACAAA